AUGCACUCGAAGCCAUCACGUUCUUCCCGACCAAAAGCCAAUCUUUCUGGGCAGGCCAAUCACCAGAGUACCAGGCGUCCCGAUAUUGUCCGUUUGGCAGUGUGGGGUUGGUGUGGGGCCAUCAUCAUUACGCCAAGAUCUAGUCAGCUGCCAGACGGUCCCUCCCAACGAGCGACGCCCCCAAAGGCACGCCAAUUGAAUUCACCUUACUUUGGUUUACGAAUUUCACCGGAUCCCCCAGCGCUCGCGUCUGGCGUUUGCGCGAAACUUGGUGAGACCAAUCUGAUAUAUUUCAACAUUUCUAUGCAGGAUCUGUGGGAUAUGCUCGAGGAGCUGUUCCCACAUUCAGGCGUUCACAGCAGCCGCGUGGCCGCACAUCUCCCAAUCCAGCAAGAACAGGAUGAACUUGUGAUGGACAAACCUAUAUAA